AUUAUUCACUUGAAAAGUCUUUCAAAUAUUAUGUAUACUUUCACUUUGUUGAAAUUGAGCAGCUUCCCCCUGGACAGAAAAGGGUAAUAGAUAUUACUGUUAAUAAUGAAAGCAUCCUUCAAAAGCCUAUAACUCUUGAAUACUUAAAGCCGGUGACAGUUACUGAUGUUAUAAAUCAAGAUGGUCUUCGCUUCAGCAUAAGUGCAACAUCAGAAUCUGAUGCUCCUCCAAUUCUCAAUGCCUUUGAGACUUAUAAAUUAAUGUCAGAGCUAACUUCCCCGACGGACCAAAGAGAUGCGGAUACCAUUGUGGAUAUCAAAAAUACAUACAAGAUCUCCAAAGUAGAUUGGCAAGGUGACCCAUGUGUUCCGGAAGAAUAUGCAUGGGGGGGACUUGGCUGCAGUCCCAGUAUAAAUAACUCCAACACAAGGGUAACCUCACUAAACUUGAGCGUGAGCAGGUUGACAGGACGCAUAGCUACUUCAUUCUCACAACUUACAGAGUUAGAAUCCUUGGAUCUAUCAGGUAACGACUUAACCGGAGAAGUACCAGAAUUUCUAGUUGAAUUGCCGAACUUGAGAAUCCUUAAUUUGAGUGGCAACAAGCUAACAGGUUCAAUUCCCAAAGGUCUUAAGGACAAGUCAGAUUUGGAUAUGAGGUUGGAUGAUAAUCCUGGUCUUUGCUUGACGGAUCCAUGCAAAAAACAUAAGUUCGUUAUUCCACUUAUAGCAUCUGCUUCAGCUCUUUUGGCUGUUGUAAUAUUGGUUUCUCUAGGAAUGUGGGUCUUCAAAAUGAAAGGACUUAAAGUGAAAUUUACUAAGCAUGAAUCAUCAAAACUUAGAAAGCGAGCAUUUUCUUACUCCAUCGUUCUUGAUAUCACGAAUAACUUACAAAACUUGAUUGGAGAAGGAGGAUUUGGUAAGGUUUAUUUAGGCACUCUUAAGAAUGAUAAUACUCAAGUUGCUGUAAAGUUACUUUCUCCGUCAUCAGUGCAAGGUGAUAAAGAAUUUCGAUCGGAGGUAGAACUUUUGAUGGUUGUUCAUCAUAGACACUUGGUUUCAUUGAUUGGAUAUUGUGAAAAAAGGGGCGCCAGGGCAUUAAUUUAUGAGUAUAUGGCCAAUGGCGACCUCCGCCGGCAUUUAUCAGGUAACCAUGGGGAUUCUUUGAAAUGGAACGACAGGCUUCAAAUUGCAUUGGAUGCAGCGUGUGGAUUAGAUUAUUUGCAUAAUGGAUGUAAGCCUGCAAUAGUGCACAGAGAUCUAAAGACUACUAACAUUUUGCUAGAUGAAAAUAUGGAAGCUAAGAUUGCUGAUUUUGGAUUGUCUAGAGCUUUUGCAAAUGAUAUUGAUAGUCACGUCUCAACUCGUCCUGCUGGAACAAUUGGCUAUCUUGAUCCUGAGUUUCAAAAUUCCGGCAACCUCACCAAAGGGAGUGAUAUUUAUAGUUUUGAAAUAAUUUUGCUAGAAUUAAUCACUGGGAAACCAGCAGCAAAAAGAAGAGCAGACAAUACCUUGACUCUCCUACUUCAUUGGGUUACCCCUAAAGUUGAAAGCAAGGAUAUUCAGUCCAUUGUUGAUCCAAGGUUACAAGGACAAUACAAUGUUGACAGUGCUUGGAAAUUUCUAGACAUAGCCGUGUCAUGCACUGCACCAUCUGCGGUUCAAAGGCCUGACAUAACUCAAGUGGUAGUUGAACUAAGGGAUUGUUUGGGCAUGGAGAUAAGAAUGGGAAGGACCAGCGACAAUCCCAAUUCAAGUAGUUCUAUGGAUAUGAGCACAGGGCAGUUUGAUUCACAGCUCAGUGCUCUGUCUGCUAGAUAGAUACUCGUUUACAUUCUGAAUUUUAUCUCCCCAAAGUGAUGAAUCUACCCACCACUUUCAUUGGUCAAUGGCUUAAGUUUUGAUGUUAUAUACACCAAUUGUGGAUAAAACAAUUAUAGAGAGAGAAGUGUUUAAAGAUUUGUU